GCGGAUGUAAAGUUGACACGAGGAACCCGGUAAUUGACUGCUCGCAGUUAAAGGGCGGAGCAGCGCCACUCUGACGGCUCGGCGCUCCGUCCGUUAUCAGGGCGCUUAGAAAGGCGGCAACAGAUGCGCCGUCCAGACCGGCUUUAGUCCGCUUAGAAGCUACUAGUCCAAUUAACCCAGGGGAAAAAGAGGAGGAGGAGGCGGAGGAGGGAAGACGGAAAUCCACGCAAUUACACCAAACUGCUCCCCCGUCUCGGCGACGAACAUGAGCGCCGCUCCUGCAUGUGAAGACGACCUGACGCGACUGCCCGCCAUCAAUGAACAAGUUGGACGAGGAGCUGCGCAGUAGUUACAGCGAGAUGCGGGCGCGAUUCGAGGUGUAGGUGUAGGUUGCUCGGUGCCACUUGGGAUUUGGACUCAGACAGCCGUAGUAAGCCGUCAUAUAAGCUCCCUCCUCUCUCCACUCCCCCACCCACCCCCCCCCGGGCCUGCGACGCUGCGGAGUUUCCUCGGACUGUCGGCGAGGGUGUAUCGGUAUCAUGGAAACGUUCACCGACGUGCUGCUUGUCACCGCAAAUGUCGGCUCGCUCUUUGACAACGUGGGUGAAAUUCAAAAUGAAUGGUUACAAGAACUGUAUAAGACUAUCCACAGCCACAAGCCUCGGUUCAUCGCGCUGCACUUCCAGGAGGUGGGAGGGAAGGACUACAUGGUCAACAUGGGCCAUGCAGAAAACUUCUUCUGGAACCUUGAGUCCAGUGAGGAAAUGAAGGACUUCGACAGGGUCUGCAUUUAUGUGGACAACCAGUUUAAGGCAGAAGACAGCUUCACGGCACUGGGGAGCAUGUACUUCAUCCACAAGACACUGAAAAAUAUCUAUCAAUAUGACUUUAAUGUUAAGGAUUUUAAAGCAGUGUUGGGGCAGAACAAGUACGUGGGCUCUCUGGACAGGGUCGCCACGGUGGAGAAAGAAAAAUUCCCAAAGAAUUUCUGGCCUGAUUUCAAGUGGUCCAGGAAGGGCUUCAUGAGGACCCGCUGGAUCAUACACAACCAAGGUCUGGACCUGGUCAACGUCCACCUGUUCCAUGAUGCCUCCAACCUCAUUGCCUGCAACUCCAGUCCUUCCAUUUACUCCGCCAACCGCAAAAAUGCUCUCAGAUAUGUCAUCAACAGAAUAUCAGAUGACCGCUACACUGCUUUGCCUUUCUUCCUGUUUGGGGAUUUCAACUUCCGUCUGGACACACAAAGUCUAGUACAGCAUCUGUCCACCGCUACAGAUGUGCAGACGGUGAAGAAGGACAGCAGUAACGAAGUGGAGAAAAUCAUAUGCGAAGAAAAAGACAACGACCACCAGGUGCUGCUUCAAAUUGAGGAGAAGCUGUUUGCGUACCUGCACCAGGCGGCUUUCCAAGAGGACAAUGGCAGAGCACUUUUGAAAUACGACAAAGAAGUCGCAGCCUUUCAUGAUGUAAUUAGGGAAGAGGACAUCACGUUUCCACCCAGCUACCCUUACAGUGAAGAGUACACUAAACCAACUCAGUACAUGAACACACGCUGCCCCGCCUGGUGUGAUCGUAUCCUCAUGUCACACACGGCCCAAGAUUUGAUCCACAGGAGAGACGACAGUGAGAAAAGUGUUGUUUACAACACAAUGGGUCCUAAUGUCUGUAUGGGAGACCAUAAGCCUGUGUUCCUGACCUUCUCAUUGAAGACAAAUGACCAUUGACUCUGAGUCUUCUCAAUGGUCCGUCGCCGCGCCGUCCUCAGAGCACCCCGCCUCAGAGAGCAACCUGCACGAUUGUUACCCGCUACAUCGGAAACGUCUCGUCACCUGCAGGGCUCGAGUCAACACCCGUGCCGUGAACGCCCCGUUCCCACAUCACCGGUGUCUCACUUCUCGUCCCGCUGCCACGCACUGCGCCGUUGACCACGGCUCUGGUGCCACGUGCCCACAUUUUAAUCAGCAGCGGUCGGGAAUUUUUGAGGCACUUUUCCAAAUUAUCAACACGCCCUCAUAUCUCAAGUCCCGCUGACGCGAAAGCUCGUCGGCAGUGUGGGUGCUCCUACUUUGCUGCCUGCAGCCCCGGAGGCUGUUUCCUGAACGGGACCAGAUCCUUUACAUAGAUGUGUUAAUGCAUGAGAAAAAUCUUUUUUAAAAUUUUGAUUAGAGUAAUUUUGAUUGCUGCAUUUUUAAGUUUUUGAAGGCAACAAAAGUAUUAUGCAUAUACUCAUUCUUUAUUGGCUCUAAAUAAUUUAUUAAAUCUCUAUAGUCAGUCAGGCAACUUUUUAAUCCAGUAUCUUAACAAACCUUUAGGUAAAGGUUCAGUAGAAUGUUAGUAUUACUCUGAGCCAGAGUCUGUGUAAAAACUAUUAUUGAAACUGAAAAAUAUGGGAUCUUGCAUAUCAAGUAUUGAACAUCUGUACCGGCUGUGUGUGUAUGUUUUUAAUUUGUGCUUGAAUUAUUUAUUUUUCACUGUCAUUGUAGCAUUUUACACCGCAGGUAAAGCAUGAUAGAGGAAUGCUGCUAUCACAGAUUCACGUCAACAUGCUUAGUUCAGUGACCUCCGCAGAUAAGACCACAAUCAUUUCUACAGGAUUUCCUUCUUACAUGUUUGUCGUACAGUGCAUGUAGCCAAUUUACACAUUCCUAGCAGGUUAAACCAUGUCAGACACGACAUGGGUACAGUGUGAGAAUGGAAUGUAAUAGUGACAUGUAGAAAUGACACUAGACAGACAACAACAACAAGCCAUCUACAGCUGUUUUUACCCGAACCACGUUGAACCUAUCAUUCCAUUCUGUCCAUGUACCAGCUGUAUAUUGAACCAAGUGCUUUAUUUCACCAGUUGCAACUCUGCAGUUCUCACUUUGUCCGGGACGCAGACGUCUCCUCUGUCCCUGUUCUGAUUGGCGCUGACCUUAUUCCACUGCCAAAAGAAUUAUCCUGUAGACCUCUCAUGUUUACUCACAGCUGUAGUUCCAGAGUGGGGCUGUUUGGAUCAAGUAGCUUCGCUAAAACCUCACAGAGUCCUGUGUUUAUACAGUAUACACACACGCACCCUACACGUAACUCAGAAGGCACUGUUUGUUUUUGAUGUAUGUCUCGUUUUAGCUCCUCGAUUCGUAGUCUCAUACUGUAGCACCAGUGCAGUAAUAUAUUUUUGAUGUGUAUCAGUUUGAUGUUUUGCUUUAUUAAUAACUAACUGAGUGGAUUUAAACAGUUUGUUACUUAUCGUGUUUUAAACUUUUGAGUGUUUUGUGAGUUGUACACAGCUUGGUGGAACAGUACACGCCCCAUAUAGAUGCCGAAAAUGCUUUUCACGCGGAAAUUCACAGGUUUUUUAAAUUGAGUUCAGUCUGUCCGUUCGUGCAGCGGGACCUCUGCAUAACAAGAAGCAAGUGAUGCAAAUGUCUGUGUAGAUUGAAACUGUUCGUAAGUUAUGUUGUCACAGGAGUGGACCUGGUUAGAGGGCCAGUAUUACCUUUAGAGUAACUGCUCAAACACUACACCGUCGCAUUGUUUCAUUUUUGCAAAUAAAACAUUACCCAUCAGAAGUA